GCCGCCGCCCGUGACCUUCCCGCCGCGCAGCAGCCGCGGCCCACGACCCCCCUCCCGCCUCUCCGCCCCCGGCAGGGGAUGCGACAUCGGCCCGCGGGAGCCCCGCGCAGCGCCGCCCGCCGCCCCGCAGCCCCCGCCGCCGCCCGCGGCCCGCCGCGAGCCUCAGCAUGAACCCGCCGUGCGCCCGCUGUGCCAAAGUGGUCUAUCCCACCGAGAAAGUCAACUGCCUCGACAAGUACUGGCAUAAAGGAUGUUUCCACUGUGAAGUUUGCAAAAUGGCUCUGAACAUGAAUAACUACAAAGGAUAUGAAAAGAAACCUUAUUGCAAUGCRCAUUACCCAAAGCAGUCCUUCACUACAGUGGCUGACACACCAGAAAAUCUUCGCCUGAAGCAACAAAGUGAAUUGCAAAGUCAGGUAAAAUACAAGAGAGACUUUGAAGAAAGCAAAGGAAGAGGAUUCAGUAUUGUGACGGAUACGCCAGAAUUGCAAAGACUGAAAAGGACUCAGGAACAAAUCAGUAAUGUGAAAUACCAUGAAGAUUUUGAGAAGACGAAGGGCAGAGGUUUCACUCCAGUUGUAGAUGAUCCUAUAACAGAGCGGGUGCGGAAAAACACCCAAGUUGUAAGUGAUGCAGCAUAUAAAGGAGUGCAUCCACAUAUAGUUGAAAUGGAUAGAAGACCUGGAAUAAUUGUUGCCCCUGUUCUCCCUGGUGCGUAUCAGCAAAGCCAGUCCCAAGGGUAUGGAUACAUGCAUCAGACCAGUAUGUCAUCCAUGAGGUCAAUGCAUUCACAGCCUCAUUCAGCAGGUCUGAGAACAUACAGAGCUAUGUAUGACUACAGUGCUCAAGAUGAAGAUGAAGUUUCCUUCAGGGAUGGCGAUUAUAUCAUCAAUGUGCAACCAAUUGAUGAUGGCUGGAUGUAUGGUACUGUUCAGAGAACUGGGAAAACAGGAAUGCUUCCAGCAAAUUAUAUUGAGUUUGUUAACUAACUUUUGUCUCUUGUCCUUUGAGCUUUAUUCUGAUUAACUCAAAAUAUAACCUUUUAGAAAAAAAAAAAUCAAAAUAAUAUUUUAAGACCACAUGUUCUUUACUUUUUCACUGCUGUAAGUCUGCAUUUUCAUUCAGAAUCCAAUUUAGAGUCCUUUAAAGUGCAGAUAAACAGAAAAGAAAUUCAGAACUCAGCAUUGCUUACAAUAGUGCUUCCCAAAAAUAAGAGAUACAUAUAGAAGGCUAGUGCUGCUAACCCCGUGAAUGUUUUUUUCUGUAAAAUGAAAAUAUCUUUUCUCUUCUUCUCAAAGAGAUUAUUCCUCUUUAUAACAGACCUAUAAAAUUGAUUCACUUUUUAAAGCACUCUGAAAUCAAAACAGGCUAACAGUGUAAUGAGUUUGAACACUUCUUCAAACCAUAGGGGGAGUGUUUGGCUUUUGAGCAGUUAGCAUCUUAAUAAAAUGUUGAGUAAAGAAUUUGGAUUUUGAAAUAAUUACUGGUAAGGUGUUAAUAAAAAACAAAUAAAACCCAUGUUGCCCAUCAACCUUACAYGAAACAGAACUAUUUUGAGAGCAAAUAUUUCCUGAAUUUUACUUACCCACAAUUACUCCUGGAUUGCCCAUUUUCUCUUAUGCUCAACAGUGACCUCUUCUAUCAGCUUUGCUUGCAUCUCAGUCCAUCAGUUAUAUCUAUGCCAGGGUUCAUGGUUCUUCAGUAUCUUUUCCACACAAAACCCCUCACAGAGACUAUCUAGAGAAUAGAACCUACCAGGUCUUCUGUUUCCUUUUAAUAAUACUUGGCAUUUAAACAGAAACUUCCAGUAGGGCAAUGAACAAUCAAUACUUCAUGUUACUUUAUCUCCAUGUGUAGUGCUGUAAAUAGCCUGUGUGAGGCCCCAGUGCUGUGUGGUUGCACAGAGCGUGCAGUCACGUCCCUCACUCCUGCCACAAGCUCCUUGCUUCCCGGCUGCUGAGCUGAUGUGCCUACCCUGCUGCAGAAAUCCUUGCCCUUCAUUGCAGAGUGGUGAAGAGCUCUGGUUCUUGUAGUGCGUUUCAGUGCAAUGGCCUGUCACUCAGUUUCCUCCAGAUCACCUGGUGAUCCAGCUGUGGGUUGUAUGCUUACCAAAUGAUUAACAAAGGAUAGGUAUUAUGUUUUAAUUUUUAACUUGGUUUAUUCUUUCCCUUAACCGAUCUGAAAGUCAAAAUUUACCAAGCAGGAUUCAAAGCUGCUGUGUUCUGUCAGACUUCAGUUUAGACCUUCAGGGACAACAGUAGAAUUCUAAAGCCAUUGCGUGUCCUCUGCUGAGAGACCUUUUCCUCUUCCCCUGUGGCCCAUCAGCUUAUGCUCAAGACUGAGGGAUUCAGGCUGCAGUCUGAAAGGCCGAGCAGAGGAUCAAAUAAUUGGUGAUAUAAUGAUAUAAGA